AUGUCUCGCAACCGAUUAGCUGUUAUUCAACAAAAAAUUCUUUCUGGUUUAUACGUUCUAUCUCCGCUACAAGUUAAGUUCAUAAAGAAGGCUGAUCUAACUCUGUUUUUACGCGAUACGCUACCUGAUUGUCCCGAUAUCAUGCUUGGGACAGGCUCAGAUCCAGAUAUGAUUUCAGUGGUUAUGCCUGAAAAAGAGGAUUUAUUGGUAUUAAUGGGAUUAUCCCUAAUGUUAUUUCGUCUUUCUCAUGGUCGCUUGCCAAAAGAUGGUUACCGAUUAGAAAAUCUGGUUGAUUCUUUUUAUUACGAUCUUCAACAAAUGGGAAAGGUGGAUAGACUGUACAGGCUUGACUUAAUGGCUUCAUUAAGGAUAAUUCCAAUCAGUCUUAUUUUAGAUAAGGUUAAGCCUUUUGUUGGAGAUGGUUCAGUUUAUAAACUCAUUUCAUCUUUCCUUUUUCUCCCUAUCAUUGAUGAUAAUGGAAAUCAUAGGUCAGAUAUAAGCUUUGGUGGUAUGCCACCAGUGGGUGAAAUCACCAGGGUAUUAUUCAAUAUAGUCUUAAUGGACAUCUUCGAUCGUGAGUUUCCCAAAAGGUUUCCUGGGAUUGCAUUUUCUAGAUUCAUCAAUGAAGUUUUUAUUUCGACUAGAGGAAAUGAUGAAGUAAUCUUCGACGAGAAAGCUGGAUAUGCGCUAUUGGAAGAACUCAGUCUGGCUGGAAAGAUCGUGUCUAUUGGAUCGGGUGAUGAUCCUCUUCCGUGUUAUUAUAGAAAGAUUCUUUUUUUGGACUCUGAUAGUAAGGUACACGUGUGCAAUCCUAUAGAAUAUUAUUAG